AUGGCGAAACCCAAGGCUCUGCUGCUGGGUAAGCUCGACCACGCUCAGAACUCAUGGAACGCCCUCUCCGGCCUGGCGGAGUUGGUCACAUCCAACGCUCGCAGCCGAGACGAGUUCAUCAAGGAGUGUAUAGGUGGAAUGCAUGAUGGCGUUGUAGCAAUCUGUGACCGAGCGCCCUCAAGCCUUGCUACCACAGGCAGAUACGAUGAACAGCUGAUCGAAGCGUUACCGAAGAGUCUGAAGUUCAUAUGUCACAAUGGAGCCGGUUACGACAACAUCGACGUCUCCGUUUGCACUGCUCGCGGAAUUUUGGUGUCCAACUGCCCCAAAGUGGUGGACGAGGCGACCGCCGACACUGCCAUGUUUCUGAUUCUUGCCGCCCUGCGUGGUUUCAACAACGGCAUCAUGGCAAUUCGCACCGGCACUUGGAAAGGUGCCGUCCCGCCUCCGCCCCUGGGGCAUGACCCACAGGGAAAGACCCUUGGCAUACUGGGACUCGGCGGUAUAGGCCAAAACCUUAAGGUCAAAGCUGAAGUAUUCGGGAUGAAUGUCAUCUACCACAACCGGACGAAGCUGAGUGAUGAGAUGGCAGCCGGGGCAGAAUUCGUGGGCUUUGACGAGCUGCUUGCGCGGAGUGACGUCCUCAGUCUGAAUAUUCCGCUUAACUCGUCUACUCGCAACAUGAUUUCGACCCAAGAGUUCCGGAAGAUGAAGCCUGGUAUCGUGAUUGUGAACACUGCCAGGGGAGGUGUUAUGGACGAGGACGCGCUGGUCGAGGCACUGAAUUCUGAGAGAGUUUGCUCGGUCGGGUUGGACGUAUAUCAGCAGGAGCCAGCCAUUCACCCAGGUCUAAUUUCGAAUCCACAUGUUUGCCUACUUCCUCAUAUGGGCACAUCGACUGUUGAGACCAAGACCAAGAUGGAAGACUGGACGAUUGGGAACGUCCGAGCGGCGCUGGAGACGGGAAAGCUGAACAGCGUGGUGCCUGAACAAGCGCAUUUAUUGUGA